AUUUGCUGGCAUUUUACAACACUGCAUGGUACAAUUUAAACGUUUCUAGUCUUUGCGUGCAAUUAAAUGUCUUUUGGCAACAUGAACUCUCACAACAUUAUAAAGGAGCUGCAUGUUAUCCCCACGACAAUCAAAAUCGAUGCACUAAGCUGGCAGCAGGCUGUGCUCAAAGGCGGCGAGCAAAUGAAACUUUAUGCCGAAUUGUGUGCGAAAAUCUUUGAGAGCGAAAAUCAAUUGAACAAUGCGAAAACAUCGCGCAAAUUGCGACAUGCAAAAAAGCGAAUACAUAAACUGUUCAAGCGACUCGAUAAGGCCUACAACCAGAUGAAGCUCGUUCUCGAAACGCUGAGCGAGAUCAGGCUGAGAACAGAGCACAUGUGGAGACGCGUCCGCCUCUGGAACGAUGAUGAGCUGAUCCGGGAGCAUUGCAUUACCUGGGAGCUGACCACGUCCAAGCUGUUGGAAUUUCUGCAGUUUCUAACGCAGCGCUACGACUGCGAGUGGGAAAUCAAGGAAAUGGUCAUGAACGAGCUGGAAAAGUUCCAUAGGUCAACGUCAUGCCACAACCCAAUACUACUCCAAAUACGCCUGAGCCAGUGUUGUAUAACUGACGAAACAAAACAUUCCGAUUUGAAUUGAUUUUCGUUUGUUUUUCUUUUUAUUUUGUGAUGAAUUUGAGCGCAGGCUAAUUGCAUUCUACAGUUCCAUAGGUCAAUUUUAUUCCACAUAUGCCUGAGCCAGUGUUGUAGCAUGCCGCAGAAGCU